AAGUGUGAAAAGCCUACAGCAUCAGCAGCAAAAAUUAGCCGAUGAAAAAUCUGAUAAUAGUCCUAGAAUAACUCUGCUGAUCAUUAAUAUUAGGUCUCAUUUUUAGUCUUAACACGUAGUUGCGAAUAUCUACAGAAAUAUCUAGCUUGUUUGUAAGUGUAACUCGUCGUAAAGAUGGAUAAUGACAUAUUGGAUUCUCUUAACGAUUUGGGCUACACCGGCCCACUCACCGAUGAAGCUGCCUUCGCCAAAGCGCUCGAAGGAGGCCCGAAGUCUCUGGAAUACACCAAACUAAUCCACAUCCUCGCCCAAGAGCUGAAGAAGCUAUGCAACCUUGAAGAGACAGUGAAUAUGAUGAAUGCUGCGGAUGAAUCCAGUUCAUUCCUGCUGGAGCUUAGUUCCUUUUUGAAGGAGCUGGGGUGUCCUUAUAAGAAUCUAAUUACAGGUCACAUGUCUUCACGCCUGGAGACGAAGGAAGAUAAGAUCCUAUUACUCGACUACUUGAUCUCAGAGCUGAUGGCAGCCAGGAUUGUAGGCGUUGACCGGCCUAAAGAGAAACCAGGGAUGGAAAUUGUCAUGCAAGAAUCUCCCACGGCCAAGGACCUGAAGGAGAUCCUGAUAGCGCUGAAGUUCAACAAACCGCCGCCCAACAUCACUGUUGAGAUGUUAUUCUCCAAGUUGGAGUCGAAACUCAAGGACACCAUACAGAAAGAAGGUCAACAGCUAGUAGGCAAGCCGUUAUACAACAAAGCCAUGACGGAGAAAGACUGGAAGGCACUCGAGACAGCCUUCUCGGAGAUGUAUGAUGAAUACAGGCUGCGGAGAGAAACAUUGAUCACUAGGUUGGAGUGCACGGUGCAGAGUUUUGAGUGGUCCGACCGCCUAAAAACGAAGAAAGACGUCAUCCAAUCCGCAUACCGGCCGAAGCGUGACCAGCUGAGGAUCAAACCCGACGUCAAACUGUCAGACUUCUUAGCGGCCAGGACCUCGCUGUUGCUGGUGGAGAAAACGUCAAGCGCGAGCGUGAGGAAAAACACGCAGAGCGAUGUUAACAAAGUUAUCAUUGGACAGGUGCCGGACCGCGGCGGGCGGCCCAACGAGGCGCAGCCGCCGCCGCCCGAGAUGCCGUCGUGGCAGCAGCGCGCCCCCGGGCCGCAGGGAGGUGGCGGUCGUGGCGGCGGUGGUAUGGGCGGCGGCAUGGGCGGCCGCGGAGGCGGAGGCGGUCGCGGAGGCGGCGGCGGGGGAGGACGCGGAGGCGGAGGCCGAGUGCAGGGCGGGUACAACCAGGGGCAGGGCGACCAACGACCCCAAACCAGCCCGGCAGCGUUCAGCCAGAACCAGAAUCGAAAUUACGCGACCUACGAGGUCCCGCCCGGCGGUUACAACAACAACCAAAAUUACCAGGGCAACCAGUACCAGGGCAACCAGGGUUACCAAGGCAACCACCAAGGCGGCUACGAUAACCAGAGCAGGGGGUAUGACAACCAGAGGGGUUAUGAUAACCGAGGUGGUGGCGGCGGCUAUCAGAACCAGGGCGGAUACCAGAACCAAGGUGGUGGUGGCGGCUACAAGACCUACCAAACCCAAUCGUACCAGAACCAGGGGUACCAGCAAGGGUACCAGGGGAGGGGGUACCAGAACGAACACGACGACCGCACCGAGAGGAGGGGGGGCGGGGGAGGGAGGGGCGGCUACGGGGGGAGGGGACGGCGUUAG